CGCCAAAACAGGAGGCACUGGGGCAUUGGAUUAUGGAAAAACUUCAGGCGCUGUUGCGGGGACUUCGCGUACGUCAAGAACUAGUGUUUUCAGUCAGAGAAGACUACGAGAAGAUUGUGUGUGAGGUUGAGGGAAAUGGAGAUAGAAACCUACAAAGACAAUGCAAACCAACAGGUCACAGAGAAAGAAGGAGAGAGGAAAGAGGAACCAUCUUCUGAGCCUCUCGAUAAACAGACACAACCUCCAGUGGAGAUAAACGAAGACAGUGUCUCACUCACUUCUCUCUCCUCGCUUUCUUCAAAUCCACCAGAAGAAGAAGAAGCAACAAUCGCUCUACAGCAAUCAACUCCCACCACACACAACUACACUGAGAGGGAAGAGAAAAGUGAUUCGGCCACUCUGAACGAGAGUGUAGAGGUUCUAGUGGAGUUGCUACACUCUGGACCACUCGUGAGGGGAGAUCUGCCGAGGAACAGAGAUUCCCUGCAUGAUCUGAGGGUACACACUGAAAUGGAGCUAAUGUGGCUCAGGCAGGCCAUAGCCAGUAGGAGAAAGUAUCUGCAACUGAAAGAUCAAAUGAAGACACAAUGA